AUCACCACUAAAAUAUUAAUCUUCUAUCUCUGAAUUUUGAAAAUGAUGCGACACUUAACACAAGUGGAUGGUGAAAGACAGUGUCGGGUGAGUUGGGGUGCAUUUCCACGCGCGACCUCGACUUGUUGUCCCUACAAGUACUCUCGCUUCUUCAACUUCUUCUUCUAUAAAAGAAAUACCUUUCUUUCUUUAUUUACACUCUCCCAACUUCAAACUAAAAUCAUUACAACUAUACAAAAAUCUCUAUAAUAUCAAAUAUGGGAGUUUUAAAGAGGAGAGUUUCAAAUAGUAGAGGACUUGGUGGUGUUCUUAGAGAGCAAAGAGCUAGGCUUUACAUCAUCAAACGAUGUGUUGUGAUGCUCUUAUGUUGGCAAGAUUGAUCCAAGUGGUGAUUCUUUGAAGCUGAACCGGAGCAAACCGAUGAUAGCAAGAAGUUAUGAACGAUAAACACUGGUUUGGGUGGUGUUCAAAAAAAGAAAAAAAACACUGGUUUGGGUUUGCUUGCCCAUCGUCGAUCCUGGGGGGAAGAAAGAUAAACAGUUUUGAUAUGGGCUAUAUGUUUAUAGUUGGUUGUGAAUUUGUAAAAACGACGAAUAAAACGUUGGGAUAGUUUUGUAAUGGCUUCUGCCUUAGUUCUAUAGCUCCUUAAUUCGCCUAUCUCACACAUAAUCUAACUAAGAUCAGUUCUUAUUUUCUUAUUUUUAA